AUGUCGGACGUUUUCCGCCGAGUCGGCCGUGGCGGCGCCGGCAACUACAUCUCCCCCAACGCUGCUAAUAUCACCCAGGACCCCGCCCAGGAUCUUGAAGCGCAGAAGCUACCCCCUGUGCCGGUGGCAUCCCCUACUCUCCAACCCCAGCCAUAUGCACGUGUAGGGCGUGGAGGGGCGGGCAAUUUCCAUGAUGCGGCCGAUGCCCCCGAAGAAACCCAGGAGCAGGUCGCCGCGAGAACUGAUACGGCAAUGGCGCCAGCCGCAUCAGGCUCUAGGGUCGGACAUACGGGUAGAGGCGGUAUGGGAAACUGGUCUGAUGCACAAUCCCAGCAGGAGGUAGAGGCGGAGAAGAAGAGGCAAGCUGUGCUAGAGGACAAGGUUGCUCGGGACGUCGAGGCUGGGUUGAAGGCCCCAGCUAGGACUUACAACCCCAAUACCCCAAAGACGGCGUGA